CUUAAAAAGAAAAAAAAAAAGGGCCGGAGAAGCCACAAAGCGCUGGGAAAGGUCAGGAGCAGACAAAGGCGGAGGGACGCGGCCGCACACUGCUGCUCUUCUGGAAUACUUAAUACCCCCGCGCCCCACAAACCCUCCCCGGGGGGGCACGGGGGGCACGGGCAGGAUGGGACCCGCAGCCCGGGAGCAGAGGCUGGAGGCUCAGCGCCGUUUCGGAGGACGGGGCUGAGCAUUUGGGCUGGCGAACAAUAGCAGCGCUGGAAAACAAUGGAGCUGCUGCACCUUCGCGCUUAGGGACGCCGGACGGAUGCUCCGAAGAAAUCCCGGCUCCAAAAUAGCGCCUGAGCCAGAGCCACCGCUGCAGCGGCUCGCGGGAGCCGUCCACCGAGCACCGUCGGUCGAGCGAAGGAUCUGCCGGAACAGGCUCCCAUGAAAGAAGAGCGGGAGGAUGGAUUACGGCGGCUGCGAGUACCUGGUCCCCUGCGGAAAAGACAAAUACAUCUCCAAAAAUGAGCUCCUCUUACACUUGAAGACGUACAACAUCUACUACGAAGGGCAAAAUUUACAGCUGCGGCACCGGGAGGAGGAAGGCGAGCUGAUCGUGGAGGGGCUGCUGAACAUCUCCUGGGGCUUGCGCCGCCCCAUCCGCCUGCAGAUGCAGGACGACAACCAGCGCAUCCGCCCGCCGCCCUCCUCCUCCUCCUGGCACUCGGGCUGCAACCUGGGAGCCCACGGGUCCGUGCUGAAGCCCAGCACUUUGCCGGACAUCCAAGUUACGGAUGCAGAGCCCACACCGAACGCGGAGACUCCCGGGAGCGGCGCAGCCGCCAAGUCGCAGCCGGAGGAGACGCCGCAGCUGAUGCGGACGCGGAGCGACGUGGGCGUCCGGCGCCGGGGCAGCUCCCGCACCCCCAGCGAGCAGCGCCGCAUCCGCCGCCACCGCUUCUCCAUCAACGGGCACUUCUACAACCACAAGACGUCCGUGUUCACGCCGGCGUACGGCUCCGUCACCAACGUCCGGAUAAACAGCACAAUGACGACCCCCCAGGUCCUUAAACUGCUGCUCAAUAAAUUCAAGAUUGAAAACUCGGCGGAGGAGUUUGCGCUCUACAUCGUCCACACCAGCGGAGAGAAGCAGAAGCUGCGAGCCAGCGAUUACCCCCUGAUCGCCCGCAUCCUGCAGGGCCCCUGCGAGCAGGUCUCCAAGGUCUUCCUCAUGGAGAAGGACCAGGUGGAAGAAGUCACCUACGACGUUGCUCAAUACAUCAAAUUCGAGAUGCCCGUCCUCAGGAGCUUCAUCCAGAAGCUGGAGGAAGAGGAGGAUCGUGAAGUGAAGAAGCUCAUGCGCAAAUACUCCAUCCUCCGGCUGAUGAUCGAGCAAAGGCUGGAGGAGAUUUCCGAAGGUCCGACGGCGAUGUGAAACGCUUCGCCAGCGCCCCGGCUCCGGGUUGCAUCGCACAAAGAGCCGUUUGCCUGCGGGACAUACCCUACCGAAUCCCAAACCCCCGACAUUCCCAGAGUGUUCCUGGAAUCCGCCUGGAUCACUCCGGCUCUGAGCCAACCCAUCAUCUGCGCAGCAUCCUCGGGGGGUUCCUCCUCUGCAAAUGGGGGUUUUCCCAGCAAGGCUCUGGCCGGUGGCAGCUUCGGCCAAAACCUCAAAUCCUUGGAAAUAACAGGGAAAAAACCCAACAAUAACAAAAACCAAGAAAUCCAUGAGCAGGGCGAAGCCGUUGAGGACAGGGACAAGCGAGGGCUGCGAGCGUUCGGGAGCAAGAAUUUGGGGGCUCGGUUUGAAGAUGCUUCAACGCUCCCCCCCCCGCACCGGCCCCCGGCACGUGGCUCCCGGUGGAGGGUCCACUGCUCGGUGGCAAGAGAGCACAAAUCAUUCCUCCUUUUUUUUUUCAAAAAAAAAAAAAAAAAGCACAUUUCUAUUGCAAUAAUUGGCAGGUGACGGGAAGCUUUUGUGAAUCGAUGAGGGCCUGCUGAGAACGGGGAGGUUUGUAACACUCUCGCUGCCCGAAAGCAAACCUGGGGACUGACGGUUGGAUUUGCAGCGAAAGAGUAAAUCCGCCUUUUUCCCAGCGCCUUCCCUUAACCUGCCUCUGGUGGCGUAACCCCCUCCCCCCCCCCCCCCCCGCCCUCGCCUUUCUAAUUUGCACUAAUUUUAGGGAUUUGUUUUAAAAAAAAAACAACAAAAACCAUGAAGUCAAACCUCUCUGGUAGCUGUAACAUGCCAAAUAGCGCUCGCGGGAAUAGUUGGCGGCACUGAGCAUCUCUCGAGGGAUGCUGUAGGGAAAGUCGGGGGCGGGGGGGGGGGACAGGAGGAGGGGGGAGGCAAAAAUAAAGAGGGUUUUAAUUUGCAAAUUGGUUUUGCAGCGGUGCCGGCACAUCAUCCCGGUGAAACCGGGACCGGGAGCGUCUCCAUUAUCACCAUCACACCUGGAAAAACCUCUUUCCUCCCAGGCUGAACCAGCAAUAUCGAUUUUAUACCUCGACGUGAACUAAAACUCUUGACUUUCUCCCUCCCUUGAGUUUUUUUGCAAUGUAUCUUUGUAAUUUUUUUUGUUUUAUUUUAAUGGUACCUUUUCCACCUUUAACACGUGUUAGGGAAAGCGUUCUGCGGCGAGAGAAGCUUUUGAUGUAUUUGAAGGAUGACUGUGGCGUUGCUUCGUUGAUUAACAAGAAAACAAAACAUGUAGCAGUUUAACACAGAACGAAAACCCCCGAGUUAGAGCCUGGUUUGUUCAAAAUAAAGCAUUUGGCGGAUGGAAACGCUACCGAGGUGGGCUCCGCGGCGGCUGAGAGGAGGGAGAAGAGCGAAACCUGCCUGAAUCCCGGCGGAGAAGUUUCCCCGAGGAGAAAUUUGUGAUUAACGGAGCAGGGUCGAGUUGGAGGCCUGUAGCCCAG